AUGGCGGGGGGUUCCAGCCUGAUGCGGCUGAUGCAGCAGAUUGCCGACACCCUGAUUGUGGGACGAGACAGCUCCAGUCAGGAAUCGGAUGGGCCUGUGGCCCGUCGUCUGCGAUCCGUGCUGAUCAGUCUCCUGGAUGCCAUGGCGGAGUCCCACCCAGGGCAGCGGGAGACGUCCUCGGUGCUCAAACUCCUGCUCCUGGUCCUCACCCAGGCCCCCGCCCUGCUCAUAAGUCCCGGGGACGAAGGAAAUGCCGCCCUGACAAACAUCAUCGCGCGGCUGCUGGCCCUGGUGGCCAGCCCCGAGUUUGCCCCUGCCCGGCCGGCGCUGGGCGACGCCGUCCGCGCCGCUCUGGCGGCUGCCCGGAAGCUGUCCCCGCCCACACAUGCCCGUCUGGCGGCGGGGCUGGCGACUCUCCUGCAGGGUGGGUCUGAGUGA